AUGGUUGGGACGGGUGGGGAAGCAGUGCCCGGAUUCGAAUUUCUCAAUUUGAGUCCUGAUACUGCUGGGCCUCUCAGUUUCCCCGAGAGCCACGGGCUAUGGUUCCUGUUGGGACCUGAGAAAAUAGUCCGUCCUCUCAUGAAGGUGUGUAGGGGCUCCGGGCCGGGGCGGCGCCAUCUUGUGCCUGGGUCUGGUGGGGAGGCGGGGAGGGGGCCCCGGGGGCGCAGGGGACUACGGAACGGCCUGGAGUCUGAGGAACUGGAGCCUGGGGAGCUGCUGCUGGAGCCCGAGCCGGAGCACGAGCCCGAGCCCGAGCCCGAGCCCGAGCCCGAGCCCGAAGAGGAGCCGCCCUGGCCCCGCGCCCCCCCACCCCACCCCGGAGCUCCGGGUCCUGGGCCUGGUUCGGGAGCCCCCGGCAGCCAGGAGGAGGAGGAAGAACCGGGACUGGUCGAGGGUGACCCGGGGGACGGCGCCAUUGAGGACCCGGAUCUUGAAGCUAUCAAAGCUCGAGUCAGGGAGAUGGAGGAAGAAGCUCAGAAACUAAAGGAACUACAAAACGAGGUAGAGAAGCAAAUGAAUAUGAGUCCACCUCCAGGCAAUGCUGGCCCAGUGAUCAUGUCUAUUGAAGAGAAGAUGGAGGCUGAUGCACGUUCCAUCUCUGUUGGCAAUGUGGACUAUGGUGCAACAGCAGAAGAGUUGGAAGCUCACUUUCAUGGCUGUGGUUCAGUCAAUCGUGUUACCAUACUCUGUGACAAAUUUAGUGGCCAUCCCAAAGGGUUUGCAUAUAUAGAGUUCUCAGACAAAGAGUCAGUGAGGACUUCCCUGGCCUUAGAUGAGACCUUAUUUAGAGGAAGACAAAUCAAGGUGAUCCCAAAACGAACAAACAGACCAGGCAUCAGCACAACAGACCGGGGUUUCCCACGUGCCCGCUACCGUGCUGGGACUACCAAUUACAACAGUUCCCACUCUCGAUUCUACAGUGGUUUUAACAGCAGGCCCCGGGGUCGCGUCUACAGGGGCUGGGCUGGAGUGACAUCUUGGUAUUCCCCUUACUGA